GAGACCAUUUAGCAACCCCUAAAUCCGAGUGCUGCAGCACACCAAAUGACCAUGGGCUGUGUUCCAAGGUGUCCAUGGUCAGUGGGGGCAGCUGGCCUUGGACGUACAAGCUCUGGGUUCAUGCCUUAGCACCAAUUUGGACUUCCAGGUGGCCUAUCCUGAGCCUCAGGUGGGCUUGGGCUCAGUGUGCUGUAUGCCCCCUGCACCAUCACUUUGGUGCUUUCUGGUGGAAAUAUCUGAGCUGAGAUGUUUGCAGCAGCAGCGCGUAUUUUUUUUCUCUCAUAAGGAUAUUGAAAUUUUAGUUAGGAGGCUACAGGGUGCCAGAAGCAGCUUCCACCAAAGGCCAACCCAAGCAGGAUGGCACGAGGAACUGUGCUUCCAGUAGGUCUUGAACGCCUACAAAAACAGUAUUGCAAUUGUGGAAGCAGGAAAGGUUUAUCCAGAUAAGGUUUGUGCUAAUAAAAUACAAAGUGGGAAAGAAAAGUUGCAAAAAAAUAAUUGUGUGGGGUUGCUCAGGAGUGGUUUAACAGAAGCCCAGCAGCAUGAGAAGUAGCAGUGUCAGAAGGGCCGUGCCCACGCCAGCUCACUGAUGGCUGAGGAAGGAAAUGUGGGCACGGAGGCUUUGCGGGGGGAAGGCAGGAGAUCUCCACGUACCUUCCGUCCCUGGCAAAGGUUUAUGGCCACGCACGGUGUGGGGCUGAGGAGGUGGCUCAGGGGUAUGGCACCCUCUGUGGUGGAGACACUGUUUAGCCCAUGCUGGGGUCUCUCUGGAAAAGAGUUAAUUAAAUAUGCAACUUGUGGAGAAGUUUUCCAUUUAUGUGACCAAGCACUAACGCUUAAAAAUGUUUUUUCCUGUGUGCUUUUGUUUAGAAUAUAGCCACAGCAAAGAUUUAUUCCCCACCCCCCUUUUUUUUUUCUUCCCACCUUUCACAAGUGACUUUUUUAUGGGCACCUACGUAGGGCACUGAGUAGUUAACAGGAAAAGAGGAUUAAAUCAAGUUUCAUUUCCACUGGCUUUAGCCUCCAUCUCUGCAAUAACCGCCUUUGCUGCCUUGCAAAGCAAUCACUGUGCAGUGGCAGAUCUAUGCCACAUGGGAGAGUCCUUUGCACAUCACAUCCCUGCCACGCCGGGCACCCCGGGAUUUUGUCAAUGAGCUGUCCUUCUAACUGAUCGCUUUAAUCCUAUUGCACUUUUAAUUAAUGUUUCGCAGUUACAGGCUCCCGUGGUGGUUUGUGGGUUUUUUUCUUUCUUUCUAAAAGAGAAAACAUAAAAGAUCUGUGGACUUUUUUUUUCACCUAUGAAGUUUUCAAAGCCAUUCAGGACUAGCAGUGGUUUCUCUCCAUUUUUUUUAUUCGCUUUGGUGUAGGUCUGAGCUCUGGGAUGGGGCUGCAGCUUGUAUUAUUUGCACUGGCUUAGCAAACAAGUGUUGAACUCUUCCCUCUUCCAUUUCAAACUUGCCUUUCUCUGUUACUUUAGGGUUUCCUUCCCCAUUCAUGGAGAGAAUAAAAGAUUGAAGUUGUCUUCUUUUUCUUUUUCUUUUUUUUAAAUCCAUUGAAGGGGAAAAAAAAAUUAAAUGUAAUGAUCCCAAAUCAUAAAGGCAGGAGGCGUGAACAUGGAGGUUUUUUGAGUAGAACAUCUCAUGUGAAUGAGGGGGAAACUCCUGCCUUUCCACAGGGCUCAUGCCUAAGUGCACUUAAAAGCCAGAGGUAAAAAGAGAGCUUCUCCUGAAAAACAGCUUCAUCCCCUUUAUGUUGCAGAAUAAAACAAUGAUUUAACUUCUCAAGUUUCUCAAACGUAAAGGCUUUGCCCUCACGUGUAUGGCAUCACUCUGGUGGUGCUGCUGCAUCUCUGCGCUUUGUCUUCAGCACCGGACAACCCCAUCAGCCACAUCCAAUGUCCCCAAAAGAGAGAAAACGAACCCGAAUCACCCCCCGGGGCACGAGGAGGCAGCUGACAGCCGCAGCAGAGCCACACAGUGUGAUGGCAAACUGCUGGUGCAAAUGCCCUCGCUUCUUCUGCAAUAAAGCACAGCACACAGCUCCACGUCCACUGUGGUGUAGUGCCUGGCCAGCCGCCUGCCUCGGAGCCACUCUCGGGUGGGAAGAUGGUUACAGGUCCCGCCAAAGGGCCCAGCCGGCUCAGCCGGGCACCUGCUGUGGCUUUGCAGCACCUGCCCCGGGUUUGUCGGGCUUUGGGCACGGCUUCGGCAUGGGCUGCACGCUCGACAGCCACAGCGGGUGGGAAGGGAUGGCGGGAGGGCCUGGGGCAAGGCCGGCUCCCGGCCGGAGCAGGGUGCUCUGCUUGCACACAUCCAGCCGAGAUGAGAAAAUGAUGGUGCUUAGAAACCGCUGCAGAUCCUGGACGGCUUCCAGCCCACAUCACCCUGACACACCGAAACCUCAACCAGUGAGUCAGAUGGUUUGCGAAAGGUUUGUGCAACCUUAUCUCGGAUGGCCCUGCUGACCUGGGGCUUGGUCUGGGACUCUUCAUAUCACUGAACGAGCUUCUGCAAACUCGGAAAGCGUGAGGAGCUCAGAGCGGCGGGAGCCUCCCCGGCACUGUGAAGCCGACGCUGGGACACGGCACGCACCUUGCCCAUCUCCCCCCAUCCCUAGGGGGUUUGGUGGCAUCCCUUGAGCUCAGCCCGCCCUGACCUGCCACAAGACACAUCCCUGUGGAGCUCCACCAUCCACCCAUGCUGUGCUUCCUCUGGGAGAGCAUCUCCUUCCAGAUGCUCCUUGUCUUCCUCACUGUCUUCCUGCUGGUCGCCAGCUACGUGAAGCAGAGGCAGCCAAAGAACUUCCCUCCCAGCCCCUUCUCCCUCCCCCUCAUCGGGCACAUGUACCUGUUGAACUUCAACAACCCCCAGGCCACAGUGCAGAAGCUUUCUGAAAAACUUGGGGACAUCUUCAAGCUGCAGCUGGGCACCACAUCGUUUGUGUUCGUAAAUGGGCUGCGGAUGGUUAAGGAAGCUCUAGUAAACCAAGGGGAAAACUUCAUCGAUCGCCCUGAAAUUCCAGUUGACAAGGAGAUCUUCAGCAAGUUAGGACUGGUCUCCUCCAACGGGCACUUGUGGAAGCAGCAGAGGAGGUUCACCUUGACCACCCUCCGAAACUUAGGCUUGGGGAAAAGGAGCCUGGAGGAGCGCAUCCAGGAGGAGUGCCGAUACCUCGUGGAUGUGUUUGGGGACGAGCAAGGAAAGCCUUUCAACCCCCACAUUAAAAUCAGUAACGCCGUUUCAAACAUCAUCUGCUCCAUCACCUUUGGCAAUCGGUUUGACUAUGAGGAUAAGGACUUCCAAAAACUGCUGAAGCUCAUUGACGAGACAACUAGCCUCCACGCGACCGUCAUGAGCCAGCUGUACAACUCUUUCCCGUCUAUAAUAAAGUUCUUCCCUGGGUCCCAUCAAACCAUUCGUAAAAACUGGAGGUUGUUGAAAAGUUUCGUGAAAGAGAAGAUCAACAAACACAAGGAGGACUGUAACCUCUCAGAGAACUAUGACUUCAUCAGCAGCUACCUGCAGGAGAUAGCCAAGGGCAACGGCAUCUUCCGGGAGGAAAACCUCGUGGCAUGUGCAACCGACCUGCUGUUUGCUGGGACCGAGACCACGUCCACAACCAUCCGCUGGGCUCUGCUGUAUAUGGCCAUGUAUCCAGAAAUUCAAGCCCGUGUGCAAACAGAGAUUGACACGGUCAUUGGGCAGCUGCGGCAGCCAGCCCUGGAGGACAGGAACAACAUGCCCUACACCAACGCCGUCAUCCACGAAGUGCAGAGGAAAGGCAACAUCAUCCCUUUCAACGUGCCAAGAGAGGUGGUGAAGGACACGGUCUUGGAUGGCUUCCACAUACCAAAGGGCACCCUUUUGCUCACAAAUUUAACCUCCGUGAUGUUUGACAAGAAUGAGUGGGAAACUCCCGACACUUUUAACCCCGGGCAUUUCCUGAAGGAUGGUCAGUUCUGGAAAAGAGAGUCUUUUAUGCCAUUUUCUAUAGGGAAGCGUGCCUGCCUGGGCGAGUCGCUGGCCCGCUCUGAGCUCUUCCUCUUCUUCACGGCUCUGCUCCAGAAAUUCACCUUCCAGGCGCCCCCGGACACCACGCUCACCCUCCAGUUCAAGCUAGGCAUCACGCUGGCCCCACAGUCCUACGAGAUCUGUGCCGUGCCGCGGUAGGGAAGCCUGGGCCACCAUCCUCGCAGGGAAAAAUCCUUCGGGAAGGAUGCUGAGAAGGAGCCCUCGGUGGCUCCCCUGGGCAGUGGUAACAACCGCCUGGCUCCAGGGAGAGGCUGGGUAGUUUCUUUUAAAGCAAUUGCAAAAUAAUUUCUUUUCGAAGCAGACCUUGCACUCUGUAUCACAUGAGAAAGGCGAUCAGCCUGGGAUCUCCCAGGGCACUUUUAGGCUUGCCAUAUGGCACUGCAAAUGAAUGUGGGGCUUGGGGCUUUCCUAAUUUUAUGAUGGAUGGCCAUGCUUCACCAUGGCAAGAGAACGAGCAAGACUUUAGGGAUUGCUGUGUUCAGGCUGUGGCUGUGUACUGUGGAAGAGCAGUACCAGCCUGUGUUUUAUCACAUUAAUAGAACAUUUUUUGGUUUUGUUAUCCUUGGCAUGUAAUCGGGUAAAAAAACCCCAAAAGUUGCUCUAUAAUAUCUCUUUCUCCUGCAUCAAUAAACGCUUACCAAAACA